AUGGCCAUGGAAGAUGGAACUAUUAAUAUUGAAGAUAUGGAAGAUGGAACAAUUAAUAUUGAAGAUACAGAUAGCGAAUCAGAUUAUGAGCAAGGAGGGUUUAAGAAACCAAGGGCUGAAACACGCACAAACUAUGGUGCACGCAUGUUUGUAAGGUAUGAUGUUGGUUUGCAAAAGUUCAUUGUAAGACAGUUUGAAGAAAGUCACAACCAUCCCCUUAUCAUGCAGCAGUGCACCCACAUGAUGCCAUUGCAGCGAAAAAUCAGCUCAGUGCAAGGUAUUGAUGUAGAGUUGGCUUGUGAUUCUGGAAUAGCAGUUCGUAAAGCCUUUGAAUUAAGCUCCAGGACAAGAAGACAGAAUGAGCUAGAGUGUGGAACGGCGGGUUGGCUCAUGAAUUAUUUCCAAACUCAUUCAUGGGAAGAUCCAUCAUUUUUUCAUGCUAUCCAACUGGACAAAGAUACAAUGAUAACUAAUAUUUUUUGGGCGGAUUCGAAAAUGAUAUCAGAUUAUGGCCAUUUUGGAGAUGUGGUUACAUUUGAUACAACGUACAAACUUGUCCAAGGUAACAGACCUUUGGGUGUUUUUCUUAGUUUGAACCAUCUUCGGCAGACAUGUGUGUUUGGUGCCGCUUUCAUGUAUGAUGAGACGGCGGAUUCGUUUGCUUGGUUGUUUAAUACAUUCUUGAAUGCAAUGUCGCGUAAAGUGCCAAGGACAAUAUUGACUGACCAAGACGCAGCAAUGGCAAAGGAAUUAGCAGAAGUAAUGCCCGACACAAAUCACCAUCUGUGUACGUGGCACCUCAUGCUUAAUGCACAAAAGCAUAUCAGCAACAUGUCUGUUGGUGGGAAAGGCAUAAAAAGUGUGAUCUCCAAAUUAAUGUUUGACAUUAAGGAACAUAAUAAGUUUUUACAGGAAUGGUCUUUGAUGGAAAGGGAAUUUGCUAAGUGUACCACACAGCUAAGUGAAAGCUUCAACAGUGGGUUAAAACAGUACUUAUCUAGACAAUAUGCACUUCCAGAUUUCUUCAAGCAUUUCGACAUGUUGUUGUACGACAAAAGGUACAAGGAGUAUGAAGCUGAAUAUGAUUUGGUCCAAAAGAUGCCUAGGAUGAAAACAAGAUCUCCUAUAUUAGAUCACGCUGGACAUGUGUACACUGCUAACAUAUUUGAACUUUUUCAGGAACAAUUAUUAAUAGCUUGUAUGAGUUAG